UUGCGGCAAAACACUACUGUGAAGUGGUUGUGAUAUAAAUAAACGUAUUUUUUUAUUAUACAAAAUAGGAAGUGUCAAAAGCGUUGCUCUACGUGAAUAUUUUAAUUCUACCGUUAAUUUUAUUUGUGAAUAAUUUUAUAUGAUUUUUUGUGCUAAAGUGACUUGACCAGUCCACAUAGAGCUUCCUUCUAAAUAAGAUGCGGAAAGGUCUCUUAUGACGCGAGUGUAGAAAACGAAAAAACACAAUUGGAAUACAGCCGCGAUGGCUACGUCAAACAGUACUUUUGCGAAGACCUACCAACGGCUAUUCGUGGACUUAGCUGAUCCCAGAACGAACGAUUGGUUCCUCAUCAAAAGCCCAGUGCCAGGAUUAACAAUAUUAGGACUAUACCUGUAUUUCACAUUAAAAUGGGGACCUCGGUAUAUGGCCGACAAGAAACCACUACAGUUACAGAAAACCUUAGUCGUGUACAACUUCAUACAAGUCUUAGUUAGCAUCUGGUUGUUUUACGAGGGCCUCGACGCAGGAUGGUUGAGGACUUACAGUUGGAAAUGUCAACCAGUUGACUUCUCUACGACACCAGAAGCAAUGCGGGUAGCACGAGGUGUCUACAUAUACUUCCUCGCGAAAAUGACUGAACUUCUCGACACGAUAUUCUUCGUGAUACGGAAAAAGGAUCGACAAAUAACAUUCCUCCACUUGUACCACCAUACAGUGAUGCCAAUGAUAUCGUGGGGCGCCACUAAAUACUACCCCGGAGGUCAUGGAACUCUCAUUGGUGUGAUCAACUCCUUCGUACAUAUCAUAAUGUACACUUACUAUAUGUUGGCAGCCAUGGGACCGCAGUACCAGAGGUUCUUGUUCUGGAAACGUCACAUCACUACGCUUCAAAUGCUGCAAUUCUGCAUCGCAUUCCUACACUCAUCCCAGCUAUUGUUCUACGAUUGCGGCUACCCAAGAUGGUCUGUUGUCUUCACGCUUCCUAACUCGAUCUUCUUCUACUACCUCUUCUACGAUUUCUAUUACAAAGCGUAUGGCAAACCUGAGAGCAAAAAUAAAGUAGCCAAUGGCAACGCAGUAACGGAUUGCAAGACCAACGGUGUUACCAGCCACAAAACAAAUGGCGUCGUUGCGAACGGUACCUCAAAUGGGACAACUUACACAAAGAAAGACGAAUAAUCGAAUACUUUUGUAUUUUUCAAAUAUAAUAUACAAGCAAUACGACUAAAAUAUAAAUUGUAAAUAAUAAUUUAAGAUUUGGAGGAAAGCAAGAAUAUAGACAUGAUGUACAUUUACGAAUAGAUUUACGAUUUUAUCUCUUUAAGGAUAAAUUAAUAAGGAAGGGAAUAGUGAAUAAAAAUACAAAUAUUUUUUUAAGUAGGGAGAGUCAUGUAAUGUUAUAGGUACUUUUAAUGUCAUAGGAUAUUUUUUAUUGGAUUUAGAUGCCAACAAUUAAAUAUUUCGCAUUAACGCAAAGAAUAACAUAAGAAAAAUAUUUAUUUUUAAAUAAAUACUUUUCUAUAUAAUAUUAUUCUUAUUAAAGUUAAUGUUUCAUUAACUGUACAUAGAUUAGAAUUAAUUCAGCCUUUUGCUCAAUAUUAAUUUUAUACUCUAUCAAAGCUCUAUCAUUACUUAUAAUGGAUUUUUGGUGCUUAUAUUAUGUAAACCUAGAUUAAUCCUCCCUUAAAUAUUUUUAUACUAAUAACAACAUGUUAUUCAUUGCCUUCUAAAGUAUCAAAAUUUUUACUGUUUUUAUAUUAUGAUGGUGAUGUAUCUAGGUCUUCCAAAUUACUUAUAAUAUUUCAUAGCUAGUUCGUAAAUUGUUCAUUGUUUACAAACGCGUGUUACCUUGAUGUUUAACUAAAAUUAAAACGACAAGUUACCUGUUAUCAAAGAAGCUUUAUAAGAUAUCGGAUAAACCUUGUAUAUAUAACAUUAUAAUAAAAAAGGGAAAAUGUGUUAAUAUAAACUUAUUUUAAAGAUUUUUUUCCAAAGUGUUACGUCGGCGCAUAGGCCGAAUUAGUUUGCUUUUUAUAAUCUUGUAAUGGGACAUAUACGAAGACUUAAGUAAACUGUUAUACAAUUACAAAA